AUGAAGCUGUCCUUUAGUUCUCUGGUGAUCACCGCUGGCAUCUUCGGUAUCCUCAGUUUCGCGUUCCUGGCUACGGCGAUCGGGAGCGACUACUGGUACAUUAUUGAGGUGAACAGAACCAACCGGACCGAUACAGACGUUUCGGAUUCCCAUUCCGGAUUGUGGAUAACUUAUGAAGGUCAGAAGGUGUAUUCUUACACAUUUAACUCCCCCAACUACUCUGAACCUGAGAUGCACAUGUUGAACAUGCACAGUGCGAUUGUGGUCCUAUUGCCUCUAAGCCUGGUCCUGCUGGUGUUCGGAGGCAUCUGUGGAUUGAUCAGUUCCCUGGCCCGGAGCCCCACCCUCCUCACUGGCACCGCCUCCUAUCUCAUCCUCUGCAGUAAGUGUGUCAUCCAUCAUCGCUCAUCCUUAGGGCCCUAA